CCUCUUCUUGACGGGUUGUGUGCGAGUCUUCGUCCUGCCAGACAUGGUGAGAGAUGAUGUAAUUUAGUGUCAUGUUUAAUUUGUAGCAACGAAUUUGGAGACGUGUCUGUCUUGGAUUUGGGGCAUAGGGUCCGCAGUUUUUCUCCGGCCUGUCGGUAGAUGCUUUUUUCUCUGACGCUCUUCCUGUGGAGGCUCUACCGACAUUUCUAUAUCAUGUUUAGUUCAGACAGACUCACAGUCCCGGAUUACGUCAGCCGGCUCCAGAGCCGGAGGAGCACCGACCCCAAAGCGGUCUCUCCGGGGAUGAACGCCGACGUGCAGACGGCGCUGGACUCCUCCAUCCCCGCCCUCCGCUCCGCCAUCAGGAGGCUGAAGUCAGCCCAGGAAACCUCCAGCUCAGAGGAGAGUCGCGGGGCCAUUGCGGAGAUUUUUCAGCUAGUGGAGGAGGCCUGGGUUAUGCCUACAGUGGGCCGUCAGGUGGCCGAAGAGAUCUGCAAAAGGAUCCGGCUGGACGGAGGCCUGGAGGUGCUGCUUCACCUCCAACAGGAUCCUGCUGUGGAGAUCACAUAUGAGUCUGCAAAACUGCUGGAGCAGAUCCUGACUUCAGAGAACAGAGAAUACGUUGCACGAAUAGGUUUGGGGGUGAUCCUCAACCUGACGCGUCAGCAGGAAGAUGCCCAACUGGCCCGCAGUGUCUCUGGGAUCCUGGAACACAUGUUUAAACACACAGAGGAGACAUCUGUUCACCUCAUCUCCAAUGGUGCCCUAGAUGCUCUCCUGUUUUGGUGCAGCGGUACAGAUCCCACAGUUCUGCGCCACUGUGCUGUGGCCCUAGCAAACUGUGCUAUGUAUGGAGGCCACCGAUGCCAGCGAUUGAUGAUAGAGAAAAAGGCAGCUGAAUGGCUUUUCCCACUGGCUUUUUCCAAAGAGGAUGAACUCAUUCGAUUCCAUGCAUGCCUAGCGGUCACUGUGCUAGCGGCUAACCGAGAAAUUGAGAAACAGGUUGUGAAAUCUGGAACGUUGGAACUGGUAGAGCCGUUUAUUGCAUCGUUGGAUCCUGAUGACUUUGCCCGCAGUUUACUGGACAGUGCAGAUUGCAUGCAGGGAAGGACUGCAACGGAUCUUCAACAUCUGCUGCCAUUGCUGGAUGGUACAAGAGUGGAGGGAAAAUGCAUUGCAGCCUUCUAUCUCUGUGUUGAAGCUAGCAUCAAGUCACGCCAAAACAAUACCAGGAUAUUUCAAGAGAUCGGAGCGGUUCAGAGCCUAAAAAGAAUCGUCAUGUACUCCAGUAAUGGUACAGUCUGUGCACUUGCCAAGCGGGCACUAAAUAUGGUGGGAGAAAAGGUACCGAAACGCAUCCUUCCUUGUGUGCCAAACUGGAAAACAUGUGAAGUUCAAACCUGGCUCCAGCAGGUUGGCUUCAGCAACUAUUGUGACCGUUUCCAGGAGCUACAGGUGGAUGGAGACCUCCUGCUAAACAUCACAGACCAGGAUCUGAGGGCUGAUCUGGGAAUAUCUGCAGGUCUUACGUGCAAAAGGUUCUUGAGAGAUUUGCGUGUCUUGAAGACUUACGCCAACUACUCCACAUGUGACCCAAACAAUAUGGCUGACUGGUUAGUUGAGGUGGAUCCUCGCUUCCGUCAGUACACCUAUGGCCUGGUCCAGUCAGGAGUGGAUCGUACUAACGUUCAGAUGCUGACUGAUCAGCAGCUUGAGCACGACUGUCGCAUAGAGAAUGGGGUCCAUAGAGCCAAGAUCCUAGCUGCUAGCCGCCAGCCAUUAAAACAAUGUCAUACAGAUGCUCAACCUUCAGGACCCGACGUGUUCAUCAGCUACAGGCGGUCAACCGGCUCCCAGCUGGCCAGCCUUCUGAAGGUGCACCUGCAGAUUCGAGGAUUCAGCGUCUUCAUUGAUGUUGAGAAAUUGACCGCUGGUAAAUUUGAGGACAAGCUGAUUCAGAGUGUGCAGAGGGCACGUAACUUCAUCCUGGUCCUGUCUGCCAACGCUCUCGACAAGUGCAUGGGCGACACUGCCACAAAGGACUGGGUGCAUAAGGAAAUCGCCACGGCCUUGGCUUCUAAGAAGAAUAUCGUUCCUGUCACAGAUAAUUUCAGCUGGCCAGACCCAAUGUCUCUACCAGAAGACAUGAGAUCUAUUCUCAAGUGCAAUGGCAUCCAGUGGUCCCAUGAAUACCAGGAUGCCACAAUUGAGAAGAUCCUACGCUUUCUGAAAGGAAACCCAGACCAAGAUGACUGUCCCGAUGGCUCCAGAGAACAAAAAAAAUAAGUAAACAUUCAGCUGUUGCUACUUUAACUGCAGAUGAUGCCAAAGAAAACAUGGCUUAUUAUGAAAUGGCCAGCAGCUGUCGUUAAUCUGCUCAAAUGCUCCUGAAAUGAAUUUGAUAAAUGCUUACACGGUAGCUGCAAAAAUAGGUACAGUGACAUAUAAUACUGUGGGAGGGCAGAGUGUGUGUGUACUAAACUAUGAGCCUUAUUCGUACCACAAUACUGCUGUAAAUGUGUCUUCAGGUUUUUCUCAGGAAAGUAACUGAUAUAUAUCAGCCA